CUUAGUAGGUAGAUACAGUCGAUAAGAUAAGAACAUCAGCUUAAUCUUAUCUCUUAUCUCUUAUCGCAGGCCUGUCUCAUGCACCGCGCGGUCGAGCUGCAAUCCUCAGUACAAGCUACUCUCCGCCAAACUAAGCUUCCAGAAUCAACGCGUCUUACGCUGCUCUCUUUCAACAAAUAUAACUUGCCGGACGACUUCUAAUUAUAAUAAUUGGAUUCUGGCUUCACUGCGCUUUGAUCGACACAGCUACGAAAUAUGAGCAAACCAGGCCUAUCUUUCGGUCUGAAUUUGACCAAGAAGCCUGGCGCUUCGAAACCCGCACCCCCCAAAAGGAAACCGAUGUUCGGCGACGACGACGGCUCAGACGACGAUGUAAACGGCUCGGCCAACGGGCCUCGUGCGACUACAGUAGCCGAGCUCGACGAUCUUCCGACGCUAUCGUCUAAUACGUCGGACAAGAAGUCGGGGCAGAAAUCGAAAACCGGCCCACCCACGCGACCCCCCCCGGGCAGCAAGAGCAAGAAACCCCAAAUCUCGAUGUACGGGGACCUAUCGAGCUCGCUGGAGUCGCGGAAAUACAAGGAUGCUGCGGAAGAGCUGGACCCUUCGAUAUACGACUACGACGCCGUCUACGAUUCGCUGAAGCCGGAGAAGAAGAAGGACGCGGACGACGCGGAGAGGAAGCCGAAGUACAUGAAGAGCCUGAUGGCGUCGGCCGCGACGCGGAAGCGCGACGCGCUGAUCGCGGAAGAGAAGAAGAUCGCGCGCGAGCGCGCGGAGGAGGGCGAAGAGUACGCGGACAAGGAGAAGUUCGUCACGGAGGCGUACAAGCGGCAGCAGGCGGAGAACCGGCGGAUCGAGGAGGAGGAGCGGCGGCGCGAGGAGGAGGAGGCGCGGAAGAACAAGACGGGCGGCAUGACGGCCUUCUACAAGGACCUGCUGGAGAGGGGCGACCGACAGCACGCCGAGGUGGUCAAGGCGGCGGAGGCGCGGGCGAAGGCCGGCCCCGGCGAGCAGGCGGAGCGCGGGGGGGGGGACGAGGAGAAGGCCAAGACCGACGCGGACGUGGCGCGGGAGAUCAACGCCCAGGGCGGCUCCGUCGCGAUCAACGAAGACGGGCAGGUGGUGGACAAGCGCGAGCUGCUGCGGGGGGGGCUGAACCUGAGCGCGGCGCGGAAGCAGGGGCGGCGCGCGGAGGAGGCGGGGCGGGGGGCGGAGCGGCGGGACGACCGGGACCGGGCGCGCGGGUUCGUCGGCGCCGGGGGCAAGCAGGCGAUGCGCGAGCGGCAGACGCGCAUGCUCGAGGCGCAGCUGGAGCAGGCGCUGAAGCGGUCCCUCGAGGAGGAGGAGGCGGAGCGGCGGGAGGUCGAGCGCGCGGCUAAGAGCCGCAAGACCGAGUCGGACGUCUCGAGCGCGCGCGAGAGGUACCUGGCACGCAAGCGGGAGGCCGAGGAGGCCAAGAGAAAGAAGAAGGAGGAGAGCGGGGCCCCCGAGGAGGAGGGAAAGUCAUGAGGGGAAUCUAUACGCCCGUUCCCGCCAGUCUACCAAUAUUAGACAUCCUUCUCCAGCUAGAUCGUCCCCGGUGUCUGUUCGGAGAGGGAACCAGAAGGAUAGAGAGACAGAGAGAGAGACACCUUUGUAAAUGUACAUAUCUAUGCGCCUGUUGUCCCAAAUACGCCGCCGUGAGAACGUCCUCCCCUUCUUCCUCCUGCUUUUAUCCUGCUUCCUAUUCCCGCCUCCCUAUAGGAUGCUCGUUUGCGGACUAUACACCGAGCCAGGCGUGGAUGAAUAUACCCAUUUAUAUAUGUGUAUGGGUGGGUGGGUGCGUAAGUAGCGUUUGUGGUGGGCGGCCUCGAACGGGUCGGUCGGUCGGUCGGGACAGGCGUGCGUUCGUGUAGCCAGCGGCUCC